UAUUCCUACGCCAUUUGCCUCUUUGGUCAAGACUUUUGAAAGAUUCUAUUUAUUGCAUAGCGCCAUCAGCUUUCGAGGGUUUUGUAUGUGACCUGUUUAUAUUAACUGAAAUUUUGAUACCCCUAACCCUAUUUAAGAUGCAAUAGCAGUAACUUUAGAAGGGUAUGAAUCUAGUUAUUCUCAUCCUAUGACAUCUAAAAUGAGUGGUGAUUCGAGCGAUCAAUUUAUACCGAGUUACUUUGACUUUCGAGCCGUUCAAAUUUCUGGAAAUGGUGGUAAAGGGACGAUAGCCGAUCGCGUGAUUGAAAAAAUAUUUGAAUAUGUUACAAGUCCAUUUAAUUGGAUAGGAAAGAAGGCGGCUAACAGCAAAAAUAGUGUAUUUAAAAAAGUCUAUGGUCAACUGAAUUCAACGAUUCAAGUCUUCCGUUCUUUUGUAUUGAGAAAAACACCCAUUGAAAAUAUGUUUGUUCAACUAUAUUAUUAUGAGAAAAUACGCGGAAAAAAGUUGAAAGAGGAAAUUUUAAAGUUAAUUGGCAAUUUUAAAAAGAAUUUGUUCGUGAAAAAAACAUGGAAGGAAAUAAAAAGAGAUUUUGGUGAAUUAAUGAAGGAAAUUGAAAUUUUAGUGAAGGUUCUUAAAAUGAAAAAUGGGAGCCCUAAAGAAAUAGACAAAAUGUUAAAACAGACGGUAGAUGAAAAAGUGAUUCCAAAUGAAAGAGAGGAUGGAAUAAAAGGAAAAAUUAAUUCUGAAAAAUUUUCCGAGGAAAUCGGUAGAGAGCUACAAGACGUAAUGAAUUCAUUUAAAAAUACUGUUAAUCAAAAAGAAACUGGUGAUUGGUUAGAUAUUAUAAACUGUAUUCUUCCAAAAUUGCAGUCUCAUUCUAUGCUGAAAUCAACAACAUUGCUCCGUACUAAACGUUAUUAUUAUUCUGGCCCUGUCGCUAUGACAUUGUUUAAAAAAAUUUCUUUGCUUAUUCUUUAUUUGGGCUUUGGAGGUAUUUUUGGCGUUUUUUUGUCAUCAGUUCUAGUCUUAAAUAUCUUGUAG